UGAGGCGCACUUUAUAUAAACCAUGCGAGCCGAAAGCGCAUUAGACACAAAUAGCGAUUUAGUAGAGAUUAUUAGCGCAAAAAAGCAAGAAGCUUAGAAGUCCCCAGACUUUGCUCCACUUCUAGAACCGAACGGCUGUGCUGGGACCGUGAACUCUGAGAGAUGUCCCUUCUUCUCAGCAUGCGGCGGCACAGUUUGCGUUUGCAGCACCAGCUGCACCGCUGGAGCAUUUGCGCGGAUGCUAGCCACCUUACAAACGACGAGCUUGUGCCGACAUCCUGCAUCACGCGCUCCAAGUCAUGCAACAACUCCAGUGGCGAGUCGUGCAGAGGGAGCUGGUCUUCGGAUUCAGCGGACUCCGUCAUCUCCACGGACUCCAGCAACAACAUUUACAACGUGGUACUGAUAGGCGAAAACGGUGUCGGAAAGUCUGCGCUGGCGAGCAUUUUCGCUGGUGCGGCUGACAGCAUGGGCAGCGACUGCGAUCUGUAUGGAGGAGAAGUGUGUGAGCAAGCAGUGACAGUUGACGGUGAAACUGCUACCAUAACUUUACUGGACACGUGGGACCCACAGGAUGAAAGUAAAUGGAGCCAGGACCAGUGUAUGCACGUGGGCGACGCCUACCUGAUUGUCUAUUCCAUAACGGACAGAGCCAGCUUCGAAAAGGCGUCCGAGCUGCGUAUUCAGUUGCGCAGGGUCAGGCAGUCAGCGGAUGUCCCAAUUAUUUUAGUAGGAAACAAGUGUGAUCUUGUGCGGUGCAGAGAAGUGUCUAUCCAUGAGGGACGAGCAUGCGCAGUGGUUUUCGACUGCAAGUUCAUUGAGACAUCAGCAGCGAUGCAGCACAAUGUGUGGGACAUGUUUACUGGCAUCGUGCGGCAGCUGCGGCUCAGGCAUGACAGCAAGGAGGCUAACGCCCGGCGUAAGGGGCUGAACAAGCGGAGGGUGAGCCUGCCCAAAAAGGCCAAGCGCUUUCUGGACAAAAUGGUGGCCAAGAACAACAAGAACGUUGCAUUCCGCCUCAGGUCCAAGUCCUGCCAUGACCUGUCCGUCCUGUAAACGAGCCCUGUUCUGUCCAGUCUCAAAAACCUUGUACCCCUCCUUAAUCAAUCUAUAUUAGAUUGAAUUGAAAAAGUGAUGCAGAGGAAGUUGGCGUCUCACUGUUGUCUGCCUGUGACAGGCUAAAUUAUCAUGUUAGAAUGCUUCUUCCUCUGACCAUCAGGUAUUUUUUUCCAUCAACAUAGUGAAAGUUCAUAAAUCAGAAUAGCCUGAUGUUAAGUGUUGGUGAACAAAAACUGUUGCAGAGGACACCAGAAAGUUUACUCUGGGUUAACUGCUAAUAAUGGUGAGGAGUCAUAGCCCUCCCCCAACAACCUACCCGAUUUGUAAAGGUAGAUUGGAAAGCUACAGCUUUUACGUAAUCACUGACUCACAUUUUAAGUAAACAUUCUCAAGUGCUUUCACAUGGUAACCAUGGUAACCUUAAAUUACAGAAUAAGGUAUUAUUUUAUUUAUGUGUAGUUUUUAUAUGUUGCCUUGUGUCAGAGUUUCAAUAUUUUUGAAGAUUGUUUAUUAUUCAGUGUUAAAAUUAGGAGGACUUUUCAUCAUGUUCUGUCCAUAGAAAUCAAAAUCUUUGUGAAAGAAAAAAUAAAAUGGUAUUUUUGUA